UUGUUGUGUACGUGUGCGCGCACUUGUGAAUGUGCCUGCUGGUGCGGGAGCGCGCCUGUAGGAUCUGCAUGGAGAGAAGCGGCAGCAGCGCGGUGACGGUCACGUGACGGAGUCUGCUGCUGGCUGAGUGAAGCGUGUUAGCAGAUUUUUCUGUUUUGUACAUACAUUGUUUUGUAUAUACUGUAUAUGAUGACCUCGGUGGGCAUCGAACGAGCCCGGGGCACUCGGGACAAAGCGCUGCCCACUACCACACAGACCACACAACCACAGAAACAGCUUCAGGCUACAGCUGAGCAGAUCCGACUGGCCCAGAUGAUCUACGACAAGAACGAUGCGGAUUUUGAGGAUAAAGUGAAACAGCUCAUAGAGGUUACAGGGAAGAACCAAGACGAUUGCAUGGUUGCUCUCCACGACUGCAACGAGGAUGUCAACAGAGCCAUCAACUUUCUGCUUGAGGGAACCUCUGAUGCGACCUCUUGGGAAACGGUGGGGAAAAAGAAGAGUCUUGGGAAGGAUGGCACCUCCACUGAGAGUAAGGAGAACAAGGAGAACAGGGAGAAGAAAGAGAGGGAAAGCAGCAAGGGUCGUGGUGGAGCGAGUCGCCGUGGCAGAGGGACCAGUCGCAACAGGCCAGCAAGGACAGAGGAGAAUGGUGUGGACCCUGCUCCUGUUGAGAGAGGUGCUGAUCGUGGCCGCAGGGGCCGAGGGAGAGUGUCUGGAGGUGGAGGUAGAGGCAGAGGUCGGGCUCCGGUUACCAGCAGGUUUACAGCACAGGGGAUGGGGACCUUUAACCCUGCAGACUACACCACAGACAGCGGGACAUCAAACUCGCAUGCUGAUGUUUGGGAGACAGGGGCCAAUGACACUACAGAUGGGACAGUGGCAUGGCAGAACACUCUGGACGAGUGGGCAGCUGAAGACUGGAGUGAAGAUGUGAGUCUCUCUGAGACCAAAGUGUUCACAUCCUCUUGUGCACCUCCAACUGAGAACCACAUCACACCUGGCCAGAGUCUGGAUCUAUCAUCACUGCUGCAGAAGCCCGUUGAUCGAGAAGAGGCAGGGGGUCUGAAGGCCGUGGGUUCCUCUCAGGGGCUCGGCCACAGUCUGGUCUUCACCAACUCCCACCACCAGCCUGCUCGAAACGGAGGCACUUCUGCUGGCUCCAACAGCUACACACACGCCACUCUGUCCUCUGUUUUGGGUUCUGGUUUUGGAGAGCUGGGUGGUCCAAAACUUGGGCAGACGGCCGGGCAGCAAAUACUGGAACAGCUGAAGGGGCCUGGUCUUGGGCAGCUUACCUCCCAGCCCUCCAGCACAGGGACCAACUGCACCCCUGUGGGGGGGCUGGUGGGGACGGGGAUUUCUGUGCCCUCCUCCUCCUGGGACAUCAAACCUCCUGGAACACAGAGCUCUGCUUCACUCCCAUCCCAAUUCAGUCGGGAGUUUCAGAUGCAGCCAGAGCCAUCUUUGGUGCUAAGCCAACUUGCCCAGCGACAGCAGGGCUCCCUGACCCACACGGGGCCUCUAGCCAGGCAGCCCAGCCCUCCCCCACUGAGCGCCCCUUCGCCUGCCCCGGGAACACUGGAAGCCUUUCCUAAAGCGCCGGAACCAUCACAGCACCGUGACGGGCCCUCGAUGGCCCCCUCACAGGCUGCAGACUCUCAGGGCAGCAGCACACAGCAGCGACAGAUAAAGACACAAAAGCGACGGAUACCUCCCACUUCCAAGAUUCCUGCAUCUGCUGUAGAGAUGCCUGGGUCAGCAGAUGUGUCCGGUCUAAAUGUGCAGUUUGGUGCCCUGGACUUUGGUUCAGAAUCUGCCCUGCCAGACUUCGGCCAGUCAGAGAACUGCAACAGUGAACCCAUAAGGGAGGCUGCAGUGGUUCCUCAGUCACAGAGCAGCCUUUACUCUAAACCAAUCAGUGAGUCUCUGACCAGUCCGGUCCCUUUGCUGCUGCCUCUGGCCUCUUCUGACAGCAUCUACCCCUCUCCCUCGGUACCUCUCCCCAGCCUUGCCCCCUCCCACAACACCCCCAGCUCAGUGACAGCCCCCUCGUCCUCCUCAUCUUCCUCCUCCGCUGCAUCAUCGGCGGGUAACAGCUUUGACUGCGGUGUGGCCCCUCACUCAAGACUGACCUUUUCUCAGAGCAAGGAGCCUUCUGGACCUGUGACGAACGGUUUCAAUGGUGCGAGGACCUCUGCUGCUUUAGACACCACAUCGAGUUCCUCCACUCCAAAACAAGAGUCUCCCUCUCUGGGCAGCAGCACAAGUGUUGCCCCCUCUGCCCCAUCCUCACUGUUGCCCCCUUCUGUUACACCACACAGCUCUGUUCUGCCCAGCCUGGCAUCUGAGCUGUCCUCUGCCAGCUUAACUCCCCUCAGCAGUCAUGUGAACAGUGGCCAUCCCUCUGUGUCGGCACUUUGCACCACAUCUUCACUUACAUAUACCAGUGUGGACAGCAUGAACUCUCUCGCCUCCUCAUCGAUGGCAUUUUCCUCCCCGCCUGUGUCCGCUCUGUCCAGCAGCAGCGUGAGCAGUGCAACGAGUGGCGGCAACAGUCUGCACGGGUCUGCGUUGGGUCACGGCACCAAUGGUAGCACACCUUCCGGUAUCAGGGCUGCCCCGCUACUGUCUUCCUCCAGCGGUAAAGCUCCUCCUAAUCUCUCUCAGGGGGUUCCUCCACUGCUGCCUAACCAGUACAUCAUGGGACCCGGAGGUCUGCUGCCUGCCUAUCCGCAGAUUUAUGGCUAUGAGGACCUCCACAUGCUCCAAUCCAGACUACCAAUGGAUUACUAUGGAAUCACAUUCCCAGGGCCGACUGCUACGCUGUCUGGCAGAGAUGGGAGCCUCGCCAACAACCCUUACUCAGGUGACAUCACAAAGUUUGGCAGAGGUGAAUCCACCUCACCAGCACCCUCUACCAGCCUGUCUGCUGCUCACGCCCCACAGACGGCGCAGCCUCUACAGGCUCAGAGCCAAGGCCAGAGCCAGCCCCAGCCGCAGGGCCACCACAACACCCAACAGACCUUCCUAAACCCAGCCCUGCCCCCUGGAUACAGCUAUACGGGCCUUCCCUACUACCCCGGGGUGCCUGGUGUGCCCAGCGCAUUCCAGUAUGGCCCCACCAUGUUCGUGCCCCCUGCCUCGGCCAAACAGCAUGGCAUGGGGCUGAGCAACCCCACAACGCCAUUCCAGCAGCCCAGUGGCUACAGCCAGCACGCCUUUAGCUCAGGGUAUGAUGACCUGACACAAGGCCCAGCAGGAACUGAGUACAACAAAGGCUACAGUAACUCUUCUCAAACACAGGCCAAAUCUGCUGCCUCUGGCCCAGGGAAAGGUGUCUCUGUGACAUCUAGCAAUUCUGGGGUGCCAGACAUCAGUGGAACUGUUUACAAUAAAACACAGCCGUUUGAUAAGCAGGGUUUCCAUGCUGGCACACCUCCUCCUUUCAACCUCCCCUCGGCUCUGGGCGGCACGGGACCUUUGACCCCUGGUGCUGCCCCUGGUUAUGCUCCUGCUCCAUUCCUUCACAUUCUGCCGGCCCACCAGCAGCCCCACUCACAGCUGCUCCAUCAUCACCUCACCCAGGAUGGACAGGGUGGGCCAAACCAGAGAAGCCAGUCCAGCACCAUGCAGCAGAAGACCCAGGUCAACAAGUCCAACUAUGGCAGCUCUCCCUACUGGGGCAACUGAGCACAGUCCACAGCGCAGGUGCCGUCCCGUACCCGACGACACGCUGAUCAGAGCAGAGGGACACCGUACACACACUACCAUCAUCAUCCUCAUCCUCCUCCCACGUUCUCAUCUCCCCUUUUCAAAGUUUUGGCUGUUGUAUGUAAAGUAUAUUUAUGUAUGUAUUUAUACAGUAUAUAUGUAUUGGUAGGAUAUGAAAUGUGGUUUUUCUGCAUUUUGAUUUUGAAGGAUGUUUUUUUUUUUUUUAAUUCAUUGCUAACUGGCUAAGAGGAUAUGAUGACAGAGAAGUGAUGAGAACAUAACAGAAGAGUGAAUAUACUUGAAGCAGAGCAGGCAUCAUGAUUCAAACAUGGGAGUUUUAAUUUGUAUACAUACCCCUGAUAAUGUAUGUACAUUACUGCUAAGCUUGAUCACUUGAUGGUGAAGCCUUUUUUUAACUUUUGUAUUUUGCUCCUCUCCCACCCCUUCACCUGUGAACUUUUUUUCUAUUGAGGGGGAUUUUUAAUUUCAGUGCUUAAUUUUGUUCCCUCUGCCCUUCAUUUGUGAAAUUCCACCCACCCACCAAAUUGGCUAAAUGGUAGCAUUUUAGAUCCGAUUUUGUUUUAACAUUGGUUUUACCCUUGUUGUCAAAAUAAAACUGUCCAGUUUA